AUGCUACCUUCCAACAGAUUCACAUCAUCAUCAUCAUCAUCAUCAUCAUCAUCACAGGCCAGCAGCUCAUGUGCCUCAUUUAAUUUCAGUACCACCUGGUUUUCGUGCAACUUUCUAAUGGCAUACUCUCAAGCACAGUUGAAAGGCAAUGAGGCUGGUCCACUAGAGGCAUUUGGCCGAGUAGCAUGGCAACUUCUGCAGGAUGUUCAAGAGAGGCUAGUGUUUCGUGCACAUUGUUACCUGCAGUCAGAUAUUCUGCAGUAUAAACCUGCUGCUGGUGAUCUUGCAUACCCUGAGAAGCUGGAAAUGAUGGAGAGCAUUGCACAGUCCCUGCAGGAGCAAGCUGCCUUGUCUUUACGUCGUUCAGAAUCCAGGUCAUCCCUUGCUUCCAUAGGCUCUGCCACGUCACAAGAGGUGGCCCGUAUCAACAGCGACAGCAACACAACUGUUGAGCAGCCUCGAUCGCGGACUGGAAAUUCACCAGCAGACCUGCAUGGAAUGUGGUAUCCCACAGUGCGACGCACACUAGUGUGCCUUUCACGCUUGUACCGCUGUGUGGACAGGCCUAUUUUCCAGGGGCUCUCACAAGAGGCACUGACCAUGUGCAUUCAGAGUGUGGCUUCUGCUGCUCAAGCCAUUAGCAACAAGAAGAGUCCAACUGAUGGGGAGUUGUUCCAGAUUAAACACUUGCUUAUCCUCAGAGAGCAGAUUGCUCCCUUUCAGGUGGAUUUUACCAUCAAAGAGAUGAGCCUGGACUUCAGCAAAGUGAAGACUGCAGCAUUUGGCCUCCUGCAUAAACGCAAACGGUUGUUCUCUCUGGGCACAAACAAUGCUCUGUUAGAAUUUCUUCUGGAAGGGACACCUACUGUGCGGGAACAGUUGGUAGAUUCCCGGAAGGAAGUGGACAAACAGUUAAAAGCUUCAUGUGAAGCUUUCAUACAGCAUACCACCAAGACUCUAGCUGGACCCCUGUUGACUUUCCUUGAUAGGGGCCAGGUGUUCGUCAGCAUGCAAACUGAGGUGGCAGGGAAUGUGACUUUGGCUCAACAGCCAUUUGCCCAUGCUGAUGUGAUUGGAAAAAUUGUACAAGAGACCCAGCGCCUGAUAAAGAACCAACUGCCAAUCAUCCAGCGCAGCAUGCAGCUCUAUCUAGCCAAUCGAGAAACUGAGUUUAUACUCUUUCGUCCUAUCAAGAACAAUGUGGUAGCAAGCUUUGUGCAGCUUCAGCAGCUCCUUGCAGGAGGUGGCUAUACGUCAGAUGACCUCCUGCUGGCAGGUUGCCCAUCACCUGAACAGGUCACUGUUCUCUUGUCAUCAGCAUCACUGCUGGGUACAAAUCAAGUUUCUAACACCACAACCACAGUUGUAGAAGAAGAGCUGCAUACAUAGCAACAUGUCUUUGUGUUGGACACUUUGUGUAUUGGUAAAUACUGAAUUCUGAAAGCAAUGUGAACUGUGCAGAUGUGCACAGAAAAUCGGAAGGUGUUGAAUGAUUUGGUGCAGAAAGGCUAUAUAGUAAAAUGUUGUUAAUACAAAUUUUGGAUUAUGUAAAUUUAAAUUACGUGAUUUUCGUCAUAGACGUAAGUCAUAGGCUUACCUGCUGAGCAUAGGAGUUGAUACCAGUGACAUCAGCAUUGUGAGGUAAACAAUAAACAUAUGACUCAAAAUUGUGAAAAUACAGUCAUUAUUAUAAGACUUAGAUUUCUCUACAUUAAAAUGAUACCGAAUUGUGGUAUCCACUUCCCCUUUCUCUGUCAUUCUCUUCCUCCAUUUACCUUACUGACAGACUUCUAAAUGCCAGUGUCCCUCUGGCAAAAUAGCAUUUCAUUGUGAUGGGCUUUCUCUUCAAAUGAUUGCCUUCAGUAGUUUGUCUUCUAAGUAUGAAUGCUACCUUCCUUUGGCGAAUUCUCUUUUUUUGAAUUUCUGUGGUUUAUGUGGCCUGUUUUUGAAUUGCUGUAUAAUUUGUUUAGGUACACUGACAGUGUUCGACUUCACAGUUAUGUAUGUAACAAAAGAAAGAGGCCUAAGAGUAUAAUAAAGGACAAGCCCCCUCUUACAAAACAUCUCAUUCACUUUUUCAAAGUAAUGACACUAAUGUUUCCUGUGAAGUAUUAAUAAUUUUUGUCUAUAGCUGGCAGACCUGAAAUCAAUGCAGGGAAAAUGGACCAUAAAUCUAGUAAAGAGAAACCUGGAAGAAAUGUUAGUUCUCACCUGUGGGCAGUAACCUUGUUUUCAUUAUCACUGGUAAUCAUUGAUAAGAGGCUGCAAAAUAGUGCAGUGAGAUAUAAUGACAUGACUAAUAACUCGUUAGUACAAAGUCUUUCACAAACAGUUGGUAGUUAUCUGGCUGGUCGAAAUAUUCCUUGUUGUUAUAGGCCUGGAAAGUACAUCAAUCUGUUCGUUCACAGAAGUCUGCCAUUGGACAUAAUCCUGAAUCAAUGCAACCUGGUUUAAAUCUGUAAGAUACCAGUAAAGACAACACCACAUGCUGUGGAGGAAGCACACACAAACCAGGAGCAUAUGGCAGUCAAGAACUGAGAGUAGACACGAAUGUGAGGGGCAAGCUGCCGAGAAAAACACCUUGAUACAUUUACGAAAAUCAUCCCUUACAUUAUAUAGUCUUCGAAGUGUUGUUCUGUCUGCAGGUUUUCCAGCCACAACUUUGCGUGCUGAUUCAGCAUAGGCAACAGCACGGUAGCAAGAGAGGGGAACCAGGCAUCUGUUCCCUCACCCUGGGAUUUUGGGAAAGAAAAUAAAAAUUUAAGAUAAAAAGGA